AUGGUGCGAGCCAUCGCGGUAAGAGAACUGGUCAGAGGGUGCUUUGCGAUGAUCAGGUUGCCGUGGACGCUGGAGUGUUUUCAUCUUCAGGGCCGCAGUAUGAUGCCGACUCUGAGAGGAGGUCCUGGUCUAUGCGACAGCGAUCUGGUGGUUGGCUUACGCCCCGGGCGCACUGUUCAUUUGGUCCCAAGGGCUGGGGAUGUCGUCCUUUUGGUUGAUGAAAAUGGGCGAAUGGUGAAGCGCUUGAAGGACAUUGUCUUUGAGGCGCCCAACGACUACGCCACCGGAAACGAAGCUUCGCCACUCCACCGCCGCGGCCGACCACUGCGGGGUUGGUGUUGGGUCGAGGGUGACAAUGCUUUGCUCUCUGAGGAGCUCUUUCCGGCACCGGAUGUGCCUUUCGGUGGCGGAGCCGAUCCCCAGUCGACCCACGAAGCCUGUGUUGACGUGAGCCGAGUCGAGCGGGUCCACGAAUCCAAGAGCCACGGAAUCUUCAGGAAGAUGACCGUGGCCCAGGCGACGCCGCCAUCGCCAGCGUUCGACCGUGCGCCGCCGGCGCCACCAGCGCCGCACGGUCGGGCAGCUGCGCGGCGGACGGAGGCCGAGCGGCAGGUGCACUUCUUCCGCAAUGUUUCAAAUCGCCAGCGUCAGGCGGCCUCGGCUGAAAGCACGCCAAAGCAGCGCUGCUGUGGCACGGAGUCCCGCGGAUCACGCAGCACAGCGCAAGCCACUGCAGCGCAAGGCAACAGCCCGCGCUUUCUUCGCCUUUUCGAGGACUCCAUCCAAAGAAGGUUUCGGCUGCAACGGUUGAAGCAUCAGGUGGAGAAGGAUGAGGAGCAGAGAGCACAAAGUGCUAUGACGCCCACUCCCGGUCGGGUGCGCUACGCGGCCUGGGAGCGGCGCUCGGGCGAGCCGAAGCCUGCAGUGGGUGAGAGGCUCUACAACGACGCUGCCAGAAGAGCCCUAAAGAUGCGGCACUUGCAGGAGAUGCGGGAGGAGCUGGAACGACAGCAGGAGCAACAGGAAGCGACCGUCGCACGGCCAGGCGUCUCAGCGGCGCUGUCAAGGCACGUCCAGGUCCUCACAGGAUCCUGCUGGAUUGAAGACCAGGAAGAAGAUGGACAGACUUCGCGACAUCAAGCAGAAGAACGAGCUUGA